UGGGUCUGACACCGCGGGACCAGGGCUUUCCCGUCCCCGCCGCAGUCCGGAGGACGCGGCCCGCUCCGAGGAGAGGGCUCGCGCCGGGAUGGUCCGCGCGGCGCCUGCGCAGUGCGCGCUUUGGCGCAGCCCUGGGGGCUGGCGGGAGAAGCCCGCCGCUAGCCGCCAGAUUCCUGGGGCUCGGUUGCUCCUGCGGUCCCGGGAAGUGGUCAUUACGGUCCGCGAGAGAACGGGACGUGCCAGAGAACACUCGCGGAAAAUCGGGUUUGCAAUUCACAACUCCAGAAGCAGCGCUGGACCCACUCCUCCAGACCUCCCCCGCCUGUCCCUGGACCGGGCAGGGCGGGAUGUGGGAAAGGUCAAGUGGGAAGUUGCCGGCCGCAGCCUGACCUCUGUCCCGCAGCCCGAGGUGGAAGAAGCGGAGGAACCUGCUCUGGAGGAGCUGGAGCAGCGCGAGGUGCUGGUGCUGGGGCUGGAUGGCUGUGGGAAGAGCACGUUCCUGCGCGUGCUGUCGGGGAAGACACCCCUGGAAGGCCACGUCCCCACCUGGGGCUUCAACUCAGUGCGGCUGCCCACCAGAGACUUCGAGGUGGACCUUCUAGAGAUUGGUGGCAGCCAGAACCUGCGCUUCUACUGGAAGGAGUUUGUGAAUGAAGUGGAUGUACUGGUGUUCAUGGUGGACUCAGCUGACCGGCUUCGACUGCCCUGGGCCCGACAGGAGCUGCACAAGCUGCUAGACAAGGACCCUGACCUGCCUGUCGUCGUGGUGGCCAACAAGCAGGACCUGAAUGAGGCUAUGAGUGUGGUGGAGCUGCAGCAGGAGCUGGGCCUGCAGGCUGUUGACAGCCAGCGGGAGAUUUUCCUCUUGGCAGCCAGCAUCGCCCCUGCAGGAUCUGGUAUUGAAGAACCUGGCACCGUGCACAUCUGGAAACUACUCUUGGAGCUUCUCUCCUAGGCUGGGGCUGCCUGCUCACUGUCUAGUGCUGGUGACCACAGUUCCACUGCCUUCUGCUUCAUUUCCAGCCUGGGCCCAGGGCAGGAGCCACAUGGCAGCACCUCCCUUCUGCCCUCCUUGCCCUCCCAAGAGCAGGACUGAAAACCAUACAGAAGCCUUUCCAGUGAGGUGGCCAUGAGGCUGAAGCAGGGAGGUAGAGGAUGGGAGGGAGAAGGUGGUGUAACUCCUUCCAGGCUGGAGUGUGGAUCCAGUUUUCCCUUCUCUUACCUGAACAGUGACAUGCUCAGUGGCCUCAGUCGUCCCCUCCCUGUAGGUCUCAGUGAUUGAAGAACUGAUAGAAAGGUCACAAGUACUCCCAGAGGCUUCGGGUCUCCUGGUCUACUCUUGACUUCAUGCCCUUUCCAUGUGGGCAGGUUCCUGGUGGUAUGCAGUGAGCCCUUGCUCCCAGUCCUGUGUUGUCCUCCAGCCCCUGCUCUGCCUAACUGGCUUGUGGCCUUGUUCAGUCUUUGCCUCUUUGGCCCCAAGGCCAUCAUUUUUAAAGGGAGGUGGUUUCCAUAUUUUUUUUCUAACUGCCAGCCAUAGGGGUACACAGUACUAGAGUGAACCUGGAGACUAGCGAGGAACUUGCCAAACAUUUCCCAGCUUUUAAGGCCUGGCCUGCCCACCUCUCCUGACUACAUAGUAAGUGCAGUUCAUCGACCAAAGGAAAGGGUAAAGGCUGGGUUUUCCCCCCUGAUCUGAGAUAAGCUGCUGCUCUUGUACUAACUGUGCCAAUGCCCAUGUUUACAUAAGUCUGGGAGGGAAGAAGCCCACGUCUCUGGGAAUAAGACUGAACUAGAGCUGGGAGUUGGACUCA